CUUGGUGGCAGCCCGGUACACCCCUCCCUUCUCAUCUGUCGACACAGAUCCUCCUCCAGCCUCUUUAAACUGCUUUCACCGCCACAUGAGCGACAUUUUUGGGGGGCUCGGUCUUCAGUUCCUCGUCCUCAAACCCCUCACAUUUAUCUGUGUCUCGGAGGAUAUUUCUUUUUCGCUUGGACCCGAAACCGCACACAGCCGGAGCUGUGUUUGAGGCUCACGUUACUUCAGUGGGCGGAUAACGCGGAGGAGGGCAUCCGGGCCUGGCUGCUCCGGAGAAUCGGCUUGAAACCACGGAAUUCACCAUUUUCAGGCCACACGCUGCCCUGCGAUGGAGAAGAUGAGGAGGAUUAAGAAGCGCCUGUCGUUAACACUCCGCUCCAGUCAGACCAUCGACGAGUCUCUCUCUGAGCUGGCCGAGCAGAUGACCAUCGAGGACGGAGGCACAAAGGACAAUGAGCCCUUCAUGAGGAACGGCCGCCCCCCCACCUCGCACAGCAUGCACUCUUUCCUGCACCAGUACACCGGCUCCUUCAAGAAGCCCCCGCUCCGCCGGCCGCACAGCGUCAUCGGCGGCACCCUGGGGUCCUUCAUGGCGAUGCCACGCAACGGGAGUCGUCUAGAUAUUGUGCACGAGAACCUGAAGAUGGGCUCCGACGGGGAGAGCGACCAGGCAUCGGGAACGUCUUCAGACGAGGUGCAAUCUCCAACCGGCGUCUGCCUGAGGAACCGCAUCCACCGGCGGAUCUCCAUGGAGGAUCUCAACAAGCGCCUGUCGCUGCCGGCCGACAUCCGAAUUCCUGACGGUUACCUGGAGAAGCUGCAGCUCACCAGCCCGCAAUUCGACCAGCCGCUCAGUCGGCGCUCUCGCAGAGCUUCACUGUCGGAGAUUGGUUUUGGCAAGUUGGAGACGUACAUUAAGCUGGACAAACUGGGAGAGGGAACAUAUGCCACAGUAUUUAAAGGGCGCAGCAAGCUGACGGACAACCUGGUGGCACUGAAGGAGAUCCGGCUGGAGCACGAGGAGGGAGCGCCAUGCACCGCCAUCAGAGAAGUGUCGUUACUGAAGGACCUCAAACACGCCAACAUCGUGACGCUUCACGACAUCAUCCACACUGACAAGAGCCUCACGCUCGUCUUUGAGUAUCUGGAUAAGGACCUGAAGCAGUACAUGGAUGACUGUGGAAACAUAAUGAGCAUGCACAAUGUGAAGGUCUUCCUGUACCAGAUUUUGCGAGGGCUGUCGUAUUGUCAUAAGAGGAAAGUUCUCCACAGGGACCUGAAGCCCCAGAACCUCCUCAUCAAUGAGAAGGGAGAACUCAAACUGGCUGAUUUCGGGCUGGCGAGGGCCAAGUCUGUCCCGACUAAAACCUACUCCAACGAGGUGGUGACUCUUUGGUACCGGCCUCCUGAUGUUCUACUGGGAUCCUCCGAGUACUCGACGCAGAUCGACAUGUGGGGUGUUGGCUGCAUAUUUUACGAGAUGGCUGCAGGUCGGCCGCUGUUCCCCGGCUCCACCGUGGAGGACGAGCUCCACCUCAUCUUCCGGCUACUGGGCACACCAACGGAUGACAACUGGCCUGGCAUCUGCUCCAUUGAAGAGUUUAAAUCCUACAAAUUCCCCAAAUACAAGCCGCAGCCGUUAAUCAACCACGCUCCGAGGCUGGACGGCGAAGGCAUCGAGCUGCUGCUGGCUUUCCUCAGAUACGAAUCUAAGAAGAGGAUUUCAGCUGAAGAGGCAAUGAAACAUUCCCACUUCCGGCAGCUCGGGGUGAAAGUUCACACACUUCCUGAGAGUGUAUCAAUAUUCACAUUAAAAGAAGUGCAGCUGCAGAGGGACCCUGGUUACAGGAACUCCUCGUACACAGAGUCAGGUAACGGCAAGAUCAACAGGAGGCAGAGCAUGCUCUUCUAAUGUCUGAUGAAGAGGACGGUCGACUGCCCAACUUCAUUAUCCCUUCCCACCAACCUCUCGCAUGAGCCCACCUGCCCUCGGAGU